AUGGCGUCUCUCCAGUCAGCACCCAACAUGGCGGCUGGAAACAUGAGCUUGCCGCCGAAUUUGACGCAGCAGCAUAUUCAAGAGGUUUUUCAGAAAUACAAGCAGAUGCAAGAACAAGGUGUUCGCCAAGAUGACCCCGAGUACCUGAAGGCCCAUAACCUUCUUUCCGCCGUUCAAAGACAGCAGGUCUUUCACAAGCAGAGGCAGAUCGCCCAGCAGCAGCAGCUUCAGGCGCAGCAACGCCAGCAGCAAUUGAAUGGCGCGACUCCGGACGCCGCCGCCGCAAAUGGUGUCAAUGGUCGGAGCAACUCCAUCUCUUCUGGCGCCGGUGCCGCUCAGGAUGCCGCUCCCACACCGGCGAGUGGUCAGCAACAACCCCUGGGACAGGCCGUUCCACAGAAGGGCGUUCCGGUUCCGGGUGGUGGUUUCUCUGCGGAGCAACUUGCGACGCUCCGGAACCAGAUUCUAGCCUUCAAGAUGCUCUCCAAGAAUCUCUCAUUGCCACCUCGCGUUCAGCAGCAGCUGUUCGCUGCUAAGAAACAGCACACACCGGGUCCACCUGACAACAUUGCAGCUGCAGAGACUGUCCUGGAGGGCGUGAGCCGGGAUAAAUCCGAGCAGCCUGCAAGUGCAACCGACGACGCUCCUCAAACUAAAGACUUCUACGAAAGCUUCCAGUCGCCGUUUGAAUCAAUCCCCAACACAAUUAGCUUCACUGAUCACGCGUCUCGCGUUAACCGUGCACGCGUUCCUGCUCUGAUGCCGCCUGGAAUCGACCUAGACCAGGUGCGUGAAGAGCGGGAGGUGAUUCUGUACAAUAAAAUCAAUGCGCGAAAAGCGGAACUGGCCGAGUUGCCCGCCAAUGUUGGUGUGUGGGAUUCCAGUAAAGGCGACACCGCGACUGGCGACGAUUCCUUGAAGCUGAAAGCUUUGAUCGAGUACAAAAUGCUCAACUUGUUACCGAAGCAAAGGCUUUUUCGCAAGCAAAUCCAGAACGAAAUGUUCCAUUUUGACAACCUCGGCAUGACUGCAAACCGCUCCAACCAUCGCCGAAUGAAGAAACAAUCUCUGCGGGAAGCUCGGAUCACCGAGAAACUGGAGAAGCAGCAGCGUGAUGCUCGCGAGACGCGAGAGAAGCGGAAGCAAUACGAUCAACUCCAGGCUAUCCUUAACCAUGGCAUGGAACUCCAGAACGCUGCUAACCAGCAGCGUACCCGUAUGCAGAAACUGGGCCGCAUGAUGCUCCAGCAUCACCAGCACAUGGAGCGUGAGGAACAGAAACGUGUCGAGCGUACUGCCAAACAGCGUCUCCAGGCUCUUAAGGCCAACGAUGAAGAGACAUACAUGAAGCUUUUGGGGCAAGCCAAGGAUUCGCGUAUCUCUCAUCUCUUGAAGCAGACCGACAACUUCCUUCACCAGCUUGCGGCAUCGGUUAGGGAGCAGCAGCGCAGCCUUGCCGAACGUUACGGCGAGGAUGACCAGUUCUACGAAGAGGAAGAAGAGCUUGCAACAGCAUCUGGAAGUGACGAAGAAGGAGACGGAAGGCGUAAGAUUGACUACUACGCGGUGGCUCACCGUAUCAAGGAGGAGAUCACUGAGCAACCGAACAUCCUUGUGGGUGGCCAGCUCAAGGAGUACCAGAUGAGAGGUUUGCAGUGGAUGAUCUCGCUGUAUAACAACAACCUCAACGGUAUCUUGGCCGACGAGAUGGGUCUUGGUAAGACCAUUCAGACCAUCAGUUUGAUUACAUACAUCAUCGAGAAGAAGAAGAACAAUGGCCCGUUCCUUGUGAUUGUGCCUCUCAGUACCCUCACAAACUGGAACCUGGAGUUCGAGAAAUGGGCCCCGGCUGUAUCAAGAGUUGUCUACAAGGGCCCUCCGAAUGCCCGUAAACAGCAGCAACAGGCCAUUCGCUGGGGCAAUUUCCAGGUUCUGCUAACAACCUACGAAUACAUCAUCAAGGAUCGACCAAUCCUGAGUAAGGUCAAGUGGACUCAUAUGAUUGUUGACGAGGGUCACCGUAUGAAAAACACCCAGUCCAAGCUGAGUAGCACUCUGUCGCAGUACUACACCAGUCGCUACCGUCUUAUCUUGACGGGUACCCCUCUGCAGAACAACCUUCCGGAACUGUGGGCGCUUCUGAACUUCGUCUUGCCGAACAUCUUCAAAUCAGUCAAGUCGUUCGAUGAGUGGUUUAACACCCCCUUUGCCAACACCGGUGGCCAGGACCGCAUGGAGCUGUCAGAAGAAGAACAGCUCUUGGUUAUUCGCCGUCUGCACAAGGUUUUGCGUCCCUUCUUGCUCCGGCGUCUCAAGAAGGAUGUCGAAAAGGACCUGCCAGACAAACAAGAACGUGUUAUCAAAUGUCGAUUCUCUGCCUUGCAAGCUAAGCUGUACCGUCAACUUGUCACGCACAACAAGAUGGCUGUCAGCGAUGGCAAGGGCGGUAAGACCGGAAUGCGUGGUCUCAGUAACAUGUUGAUGCAGCUGCGGAAACUCUGCAACCACCCUUUCGUGUUCGAACCCGUCGAGGAUCAAAUGAACCCAACCAGAGGGACCAACGAUCUCCUCUGGCGUACUGCCGGUAAAUUCGAGCUGCUUGACCGUAUCCUUCCCAAAUUCCGGGCCACCGGGCACCGCGUUUUGAUGUUCUUCCAGAUGACUCAGAUCAUGAACAUCAUGGAGGAUUUCCUGCGGCUUCGCGGAUUGAAAUAUCUUCGUCUGGACGGUUCGACCAAGUCCGAUGAUCGUUCAGACCUUUUGAAGCUUUUCAAUGCCCCCGACUCGGAGUAUUUCUGUUUCUUGCUUUCGACUCGUGCCGGUGGUCUGGGUCUCAACCUCCAGUCUGCGGACACCGUCAUUAUUUUUGAUUCGGAUUGGAACCCUCACCAGGAUUUGCAGGCUCAGGACCGUGCCCAUCGUAUCGGUCAAAAGAAUGAAGUGCGCAUCCUGCGUCUGAUUAGUUCCAACUCCGUUGAAGAAAAGAUCCUUGAGCGCGCCCAGUUCAAGCUUGAUAUGGAUGGCAAGGUUAUUCAGGCCGGAAAGUUCGACAACAAGUCCACCAACGAGGAACGAGACGCUCUAUUGCGGACACUUCUUGAGUCUGCCGAGGCGGCCGACCAGAUCGGCGAACAAGAGGAGAUGGAUGAUGACGACCUUAACGAUAUUAUGGCUCGGUCCGACGAGGAACUGAUUGUCUUCCAACGCCUAGAUAAGGAACGGCCCACGAGGGAUCACUAUGGCCCUGGCCAUCCGCUACCUCGUCUGAUGGCCGAGAGCGAACUACCGGACAUCUAUGUCGCGGAAGACAAUCCGGUUACGGAGGAAGUUGAGGUCGAUAUCGGUGGUCGGGGAGCUCGUGAGCGGAAGAUUACGCGGUACGAUGACGGUCUCACUGAAGAGCAAUGGCUCAUGGCUGUGGACGCCGACGAUGAUACCAUUGAGGAGGCGAUCGCCAGGAAGGAGGCGCGGGUGGAGCGCCGUCGGGUCAAUAAGGAGAAGCGCACCCGGAAAUCUGGGGCCGACUCCUCACCCGAGCCAUCGCGUGAGAGCUCCGAGACACCCCAGCCCAAGAAACGGCGCCGCGGUCCCGCGCCCAAGCGCAAGGCGGAGGAGCUUGUGGAAGAAACGCCGCAGCCGAAGCGUAAGAGGGGCAGACAGGCCAAGCCCGUCGAGACGUUAAGCCCCGAGGACCGUGCUACUCUGAACCGGAUCGUCAACCACGUUUAUCAGACUUUGAUGGACAUGGAGCAAGAACUGCCGGCGGAUUCUUCUGAUAGCGAGGAUGGUCCCGUUACUCGAUCCAUCAUCGAGCCUUUCAUGAAGCCGCCUCCGAAGUCGCAGUAUCCCGACUACUAUAUGAUCAUCCAGAAUCCCAUCGCCAUGGAGAUGAUUCGGAAGAAGAUCAACCGGGACGAGUACCAGAAUCUGAGGGAUUUCCGCAACGAUAUCCACCUUCUCUGCCAGAACGCCCGGACGUACAACGAAGAUGGUAGCAUCCUCUUCCAGGAUGCCAAUGACAUUGAGGCCAAAUGUGUUGCGGAGCUGAGAAAGGAGACCGAGGGUCACCCGCAGUUUGCUAAUUUCGACGACUCGAGCUCGCCGGCUGCGAAUGAUCCUUCUACCGCGGCCGUGUCUGGAGCCGAGACACCGAGUGCUGCGACGCCCGGACAGCCCAAGUUGAAACUGACGUUCAACAGUGGCAACCGGGACAGCGCCGGGGUUGCCAACGGGACCCCCGGGACGAACGACGACGAGUAA